UUGCAAGUAGAAUUACUUUGAAGGUCUCGAAUUUUUUUCAAAACCCUGAACCAAACCCUAUCGGGAGGAUUCAGUAACUGCUUCACUCCGACAGACUCUACCCGGUUCUCCUCCAUCGCAACUCAGUAUUGCUCUCCAUUUCCACUCCUCGAACCUCACUCUUCCACUUGGGGAGAAGUCCAUUAGUGAAUUCACUGAUGGGGCGUGAUAUAUCAGACCAUUCAGAAUCUCCUGUUAGGGGUCGUGGUUCUCCUCGUAGAAGGAGCAGCCCAUCUAGGAGGAGUCCACCCCGAAGAGAGAAAUCAAGGAGCUCCUACAGGGAUGGCUCUCCAGCAAGAGAGAAGCACUCAAAUCAUGCUAAGUCUCCAAAGCACAAAAGGUCAACCUCGCCGGUUUCUCGUUCUCCUUCUCCUCGCACGAAGCGGUUGAGGAGAGCCCGAGCUGAAAGAGAGGCCGAGAGAGAACAUGAAAGGAAUCACAGCAGGGCGAAUGAAAGGAGUUUACGAAGGGAAGGGGGUUCAGAAAGAGAAAUUGGGAUUGAAAGAAAGGAGAGAAGGUCGGGAAGAGAUGAUAACGAAGGCAAACCUGCAAGAUCAAGAUAUGAUCAUUCUACUUCUCCACCAGAUCGUCACCGCAGGAGUAAGCGUAAAUCUCACUCGCCACAACCAGCUCUGGAGACCAAAGUUCGUGUUGGAGAGAGAUUAACUGAUACAGACUAUGAAAAGAAUCAUGUCAGAGGAAGUGAUAGAAGUAUGCAAAGAGAAAGGAAAGAUAGGGAAAUGGAGCAUGAGAGAAGUGAAAGAAGAUCUGGAAGAGAUGAUACUGAUCACCGGUCUUCAAGAUCAAGACAUGGACGGUCUACUUCUCCAUCUGAUCGGCAUCAUAGGAACAGACAUAGAUCUCACUCGCCUCAACCGCUUACUGAUCUCAGAGCGCGUGAUGAGGUGUCAACUGCUAGAGGAUCUGAGGAUAGGAAUGAUGAAAAUGAUUCGAUAGCUAGAAUGAAAGCUGCUGAGCAGGCCCUAGAAGCCAAGCAAAAGCAACAACCUUCAUUUGAGCUCUCUGGAAAGCUUGCUGCAGAAACAAACAGAGUAAGAGGUGUGACGCUGCUGUACGAUGAACCUGCAGAAGCACGGAAACCUGAUAUAAGAUGGCGCCUUUAUGUUUUCAAGGCUGGUGAAGUUCUAAAUGAGCCCCUUUACAUACAUCGUCAAAGCUGUUACCUUUUUGGGAGGGAAAGAAGGGUGGCAGACAUUCCUACGGAUCACCCAUCCUGCAGCAAGCAACAUGCUGUCAUACAAUAUCGGCAAGUAGAGAUAGAGAAACCUGAUGGUUCAUCAUCAAAGCAAGUAAAGCCGUACUUAAUGGAUCUUGGAAGCACAAAUAAAACUUUUCUUAAUGAUACUGCGAUUGAACCUCAACGUUAUUAUGAGCUAAAAGAGAAAGACACUAUUAAAUUUGGUAAUAGUAGCCGAGAAUAUGUGCUGUUGCACGAGAACUCUGCCGGAGCCGUAUAAUGGGUACCAAUUGGCUGCUCAAACAGGUCUCCUUGAAUUGGGUUCGAUAUUCUUUAGUUUUGAAGAGGGGAAUGCAUUUACAGCAUGAUAAUGUUUUGGUUUUUGUGCAUGGCAUUCAUUUUGAGUAUCUUACCUUAGAUUUCGCAGAAAGAAACAGUUUGUUAGUCCCAAAUUAUGUACCGUCUAUAAUUUAUGAACUUGAAUAUUUUUUAGCAAUUGGUCUUGUCUCUUUCAGUUAUUAACUCAGAAGAUGCAAAGAGAGUAAAUAUAUGAGUUUCCACCCAUCCAUUCUUGAUUUUCUUA